AUGGCUAGCAAAGAAGUUCACAAGUACGGUACCAACGAUGGCUGGCAUGGCGUCAUUGAGGAGGGGGGAGAGUUCCCGCCGGAGAAGGAUCGGUAUCAUCUCUACAUUGGCCUCUUUUGUCCCUUUGCCCACCGUGUGAAUCUAGUCCGGCACAUCAGCCAUCUCCAAGACAUCCUACCCAUAUCCAUCGUCCGCGCCUACCCAAAAGAUGAAGCAGGCUGGCGCUUCGACGAAACGUACCCAGGAUCCACCCCCGACCACCUUUUCAACAGCCGUUUCCUGCACCAGCUCUAUUUCCGCGAUGACCCGGCCUACACGGGAAAAUACAGCGUGCCUGUACUCUGGGACAAGAAAGCCGGCCGAAUGGUCAACAACGAGAGUCUGGAAACGAUGAAAUGGCUCCCGCGCGCCUUCUCCAGCCUCGCGCAAGAAAUCCCCACCAUCCGCACCCUGGACUUGUACCCCUCUGCACUCCGAGGAAAAAUUGACCAAAUCACCCCUUGGCUCACCUCGCUCAUCUGCUCCGGCGUCUACAAAGCCGGAUUCGUCACCGAGCAAUCUGCGUAUGACGCCAAUGUGGUUCCCAUCUUCGCCGCACUCAACAAGCUCGAAGCCAUUGUCCACGCCCACGGCGGGCCCUUUAUCCUGGGUUCCCAAAUGACAGAGUUGGAUAUCCUGGCGUACCCUACCAUCGUUCGCUUCGAUACAAUCUACGUGCAGCAUUUUAAAACAAAUCUGGGCAUGAUUCGCCAUGAUUAUCCCGUGUUGCAUAACUGGCUCAAGGGCUUGUAUUGGAAUACCGAGGGAUUCAAGGAGAGUACGGAUUUUGUGCAUAUCAAGGAGAAUUAUACCAAGAGCCACAAGGAUCAUAAUCCUCAUGGAAUCACGCCAAUGGGGCCGUAUCCGGAUGUGGAGGAGGGGUAUGAGGAGGAUUGGAACAAGUUGAAGCCUGGGCAGGUGAGGCAUCCAAAGGUUUUGGAUGCGAUGAGUAAGCUCUAA